AUGUACUUUACAAGAUUCGCACUCCUCGCCUCAACACUGGCGCUAGCAUUCACUACCGCUCAAUCCGUCCCACCCUCGGAAGAAGUCCUAGUCUUCAACCCCAACUCAACCACCACUUGGCAGGCUGGAACCCCCGUCACCGUCGAAUGGAAGUUCCUCCUCGCCGAUGGACCCUUCACCAACCUCGGCUUCGAUAUCACACUCCGCCAGGGCGACGUUAUUGCCAACACCACAGCAGAGGUCAAGACCUUGGGCCGGUCCGGUCGCGGGUCUUCGUCGUUUGCGUUUGAGCUGCCCGCUGAUAUCGUCGAUGGGUCGGAUUAUCAGAUUGGAGUGGGGCCUUAUCGGACAGAGUCGUUUACUAUUGUGGGUACUGUUAGCAUUUCUCCUCCUCCUCCUGCUUCGACUACUUCUGGGACGCCCACGAACCCGGCAACUUCAUCGGGGACUGUGCCAUCGCCGACGACGAACAAGCCUGCGAGUGCUGCGCCUGGAUUGGUGUCCAUGACGCCCUUUGCUCUUGCCGGGUCUACUCUCGCCAUGUUUGUCAUUGCUCUUGCCUUGUAA